CCCAUUUUAGUUUCUUUUUCAAACCAAAGCUUCUUCAAUCCUUCGUCUCUUCUGCCAUGGAAGCUCUUCGCCACAAGAAAAUGGCGGAAAAGCAUAAGAAAUAUCAUCCCACCAAAGCGCUUAAUUGCGCCGUUCCUUUUUGUUUCUUCUGCACCAUGAACGAACCUGACCCAUUUCUCAGAACCUUCAACAUCACUGAAUGUUUCAAAGAAAUACCACUGAGAGAUGAUCCGGAGUCCGUUCUUGCACUGAGUGGACUAUGGAACAUCGCCAUGACUCGACCCGAUAAUCCGGAAUUUCCAGAGCUUGGGAUUUUUGAGUGUAUGGCAAAGCUUAUUAGCAGAGGAGUUAGUGAUAGGAAAUGGCUGUUUAGAGAUCAGAACGUUUAUAUUCCUUAUUAUGCUGCUCAUAUUAUUGGGUCUUACGCCAUGAACAGAUCUGAAUUUGCGGAAAUUGCUGUUGAAUCUGGAGUGAUUCCGCCAUUGAUGGAGCUUUUGAGAGGAAAAAUCAGCUGGGUCGAGCAGAGAGUGGCCAUUCGAGCUCUUGGUCAUUUGGCAAGCCAUGAAAGAACGUUCGAAUCAGUUGCUGAAAUUGGAGGCGAAACAGUGAAAUUGGCAAUGGAAAUUGCUUCAAAUUUUGUCGAAAAUGUUUACACUCAAUUCUUCUGUCUCAAACAGAGAUUAAAAUAUCAACGAAAUUUGCUCACGAGGGGUCUUGGAGGGGUCGAAAUAGAGAACAGAAAAGCAGAGGAAUGGGCAAUUCAAACGCAGUGUUGGUCUCUUUAUCUCAUCAAUUGCUUCGCUCGCAAAGAGAAGCAUCUAAAUUUAAUCUGUAAAACGAAUUUCUUGAAGAAUUUGUGCGGAAUUUGGGGAGGACUGAUAAACCCAGAAUCCCCUGGUGGCAUUGGGCUCUUGAGAACUCUCUGUAAAACAGAGACCGGAAGAAAAGCUAUGUCGGAUUUGGAAGAAGUCCUGAAAUCUCUAUGUAUUCUUGCAAGAACCUCAGAUGAAUGGCAGAUUAUGGCAAUUGACUGUCUUUUGAAUCUGAUCAAAGACCCAGAAACAAGAUACAGAGUUCUCGAAACCUCUGUUGUUUCUCUUGUUGAUUUGGUAGAGCUUGAAACUGGAACUGAUCGAAAGAAACAAAAAUUGGGAGACAUUUUAACACGAGCAUUGUUGCAAGACUACCACAAAAUCAAAUAUGGAAAUCAAAAGCUUUACAGUGAAAGAGCAACGAGAGCAUUAGGGGAAAUUUGGGAUUUGAAAGUUGAGAAGAAGAGGAAAGAGAAAUUAAUGUCAGAGAAAGAGAUGAAAAAGAGGAAACUCUUAGUGGGUAUUCUCAAAAAACAGGGGAACCAUAAAUUUAGAAUUGGAGAAAUUGAAAAGGCUGCGAUGAAAUACACAGAAGCUUUGAAUUUAAGCUUACCCAAAAUGAGAAAACAGAGAUUAGUACUUCAUAGCAACAGAGCUCAAUGUUUUCUUUUGCUGAGGGACCCAGAAGCCGCCAUUAGCGACACGACUCGAGCUCUGUGUUUGUCGAAACAGGGGAGUCCUCACAUGAGAAGCCUAUGGAGAAGAUCGCAGGCUUACGAUAUGAUGAGAUUGAGCAAAGAAAGUUUAAUGGAUUGUUUGGUUUUUGUUAGCUGCAGAAUUAAGUUGAAACACAAGAUUCCGUAUUAUGCGGCUCGAAUGAUCAACAAGCAGAUGAAUGCGACGUGGGUAUUUGGUUCUCUGAAAUCAAGAACCUUGAAUAGUGAUGAAGAUCUUGUUCGAGAAUCGGUAAUGGCGGAAUGUGGAGAUGGGAAGAUGUUGAUGAAGAAGAUGAGGCAGAGGAAAAAUGGUUAGUUGCACAUUGAGUUUAAUUAAUGUGAAGGAUGUAAUAAUUCUUAGGAGGUGGUAGUGGUACAUAUUAAUUAAUGGAGGGAAAAAUUGAAGAGAGGAUAGGAUGAUCUUUGAUGCUUUGAAAUCCAUGUAAUUAAUCUCAUUUCGAGUACUUUUUAUCCUAAAUGUUUCUUUUGUUUUCACUUGUUUGUCGUUAGUUCAAAUGACAUGAAUUUGUAUUAUCAAAAUCGUUGGAGGUUGGAUUUUUGUUUCAAAGUUAAGCUAUGAAUUAUCUUUAUGUCUAA